GCUGAGAAAAAGUCUGCGUAUUCAUGUCGCUACCCCGCACAUACGAUCUUUGAUGCGUCGUCAGCUUUACGUCCCGGCUCGGAGUGAUGACGUAAGCAGCGUGCGACAGGACCAGCACAGCCUGGGCUCCGGAGCGGAGUUGGCAGCAGCGGAGGCGUACAGAUGGCUGCCCCCACGGAGCGCGGCUGCCGCAGCGGAGGCUUCACCGGGCGUCCGCGGACGACGGAGCCGUGGUGGCGGCUCGCAGUACUCCUGUUCUCCGUGUCCUCCCUGCCGGCGGUCACCGCGCUGGUGGAGGGCCUCUACUGCGGUACCGAGGUCUGCUACGAUGUGCUCGGCGUCACCCGGGAGGCCGCCAAGUUGGACAUCGCCCGGGCUUACCGGCAGCUGGCCCGCCGGUACCACCCGGACCGGUUCAGGCCGGGAGAGCCCGGCUCGGAGGGAGAGACCCGGGAGUCCGCUCACAAGAAGUUUCUGCUCAUCGCGACCGCGUACGAGACGUUAAAGGAUGAGGAAACUCGGAGGGACUACGACUACAUGCUGGACCACCCUGAAGAGUACUACCAGCACUACUACACCUACUACCGCCGACAGCUCACCCCCAAGGUGGACGUCAGAAUCGUCAUCCUGGUCACCAUCUGUGCCAUCUCCAUCUUCCAGUACUACAGCUGGCACAGCAGCUACAACGAGGCAAUCAACUACCUGGUGACGGUGCCCAAGUACCGGAUACAAGCCACGGAGAUCGCCAAGCAGCAGGGCCUCCUCAACCGCACCAAGGAGAAGGGCAAGAACCGGCGCUCCAAGGAGGAGAUCCGCGAGCAGGAGGAGGAGGUGAUACGCGACAUUAUCAAAAACAAGAUCGACAUCAAGGGGGGCUACCAGAAGCCCAACCUGUCGGACAUCCUGCUGUGCCAGAUCGUGCUCUCCCCCUAUUACCUGACCCAGUACGUCUCCUGGUACGCCUCCUGGAUUUACCGCUUCACCAUCUGCAGGGAGGAGUACGGCGAGGAGGAGAAGUUUUACCUCAUCAGGAGGAGCAUGAAGAUGUCUCAGUCCCAGUUUGACAGUGUCGAGGAAAGCACCAGGCAGUCCUUCAUGGAAAAACAGCUCUGGAUCAAAGAAAACUACGAGGUGCACAAAAAGGAGCAGGAGGAGGAGAUGAAGGUUAAGAUGGCGACCGACCCGAGGAUGAAGAGGUACCGCCGCUGGAUGAAGAACGAGGGGCCGGGCCGGCUGACGUUCAUCGACGACUAACGCGACCCCGAGCCGCGCCUGUGACAUACACACCUGCCUCAGUGCCAACACACACAGACACACACACACACACACACACACACACACACACACACACACACACACACACACACACACACACACACACUGUGCUGUGUGGAGACGUACCUGUACAGAAAGAUCUACUAUGCCUGUUUAUAUGAGGAGAGAUAUUUUCAUAGCGAUCGGGUCAUAAAGAGGAAGACUAAGUGGAAUAAACUGUGUGCUGGGGCUUCAGAGUUUUCGGUCUUCUUCUUUGCUUUUAUUUUUUACAUCAUGCCAUUUCUUUGCUUUUUUUCCAAAACCAAAACAAAAUGACAUUUUAUUGAUAAAUUAUAUAUUUUUUUCUGUGAUGCUUUCGUGUCCUGCUGGUAAAAGCAGAUGGAUGAAUGAGAUCUGGUGCCUGAGUUUUUGUGAUUUUCUGCUGGAUAAGUGCCAUCAGAAGGUCACCAGUUUGACCCCUACAACUGUCAAAAGUGUCCUUGGGCAAGGCAUCGGACCGCCAUCUGCUCACCCUGUAUGCUGCCCCAGGGAGUCAGCUCAGUCUGAAAUGUAAAAUUUGUGAAUUGUAUUAGCAUGUAUUGCUUCUAUGACGGAAAUGCAAGGGCCGGGAAGUUUAGUUUUUUUUAAGAACAGUGACAUUUAUUAAAAAUCCUCACUUUCUUCCUGGGAGUCAGGUGAGAAGAAGGAUGUCAAUUUAGCCUAGCUUAGCACAAAGACGGGUAGUAGGGGAAAGUUAGCCUUAGUAAGAAAAUCCACCUUCCAACAACCCCAAGCCAUCUGGUUUACAUGUUCUUACAUUGCUCAAUAACAGGAGUAGAAAUAGUCAUGUUUAAAGGAGACAUUCAAUGACUAGCAUGCUAGCUAAGGAAGGAAAUGAAGAGAUGAUAUCCAUCUUUUCAUCUGACUCAGGGGAAGGCAACAAACAGCAGGUUCCCCUGUUGACCCUAAGAACAUGUCAGUUUUGGGAACAUGAGUGCAAACCGAGGAUGACGGCUGCUUCUGUGUCUUCUGAUCAAAUGUCGUUCUCAUUGUGUAGAAGCCAAAGUCACAGCUGCAAGUAUCUGUACAUUGUGCAACUGCAGAUGUUUAUCACAGGAAGUUUGUUAUUGUGACUUCUGCUCCAUUUCUUCAGAAGUUCCGGUGACCACGUAGAAAUAACUUCUACUUAAUAUUAUUUAUUGUUUGACAUUUCACUGGUCUUUCUUGUCAUUUUGGCGUGUUGAUAUAAACACAACAAAAUCUUUUUUUUUAAUAAAUACAUUUUAAAAUGUU